CGGAAGUGGUGGGCGGGAUCGCACAGACCCCACCCACUCCAGGCUGGAAACGGAAGAGGUACCUCAAGACAGGGCUUCUCUAGGCGAUGGGGCGGUUUGUACUCUAUGUUGCCGAUCGGACGCAUGCGCUGCUUGGGAGGGCAGCUGGAGAGCUGCUGGAGGGAGAGCCGCUAGUAGCACCUGUGCCCAGAUGGAAGUGUCAGAGUUCUGUGGAGCUGACCAAUUCAGAGAUUAUGCUGAAUGCAUUGUGUUUGAACACAGAGGAUGGGCCCUGGCAGUACCCACUGGCCACAAGCAAUUCCUUCCCAGAACUUUCUCCUGUGGUCAUAAUGAAAAAUGUACUGGUCAAACAGGGAAGCAGUUCAUCGCAGCUUCAGUCUUGGACUGUUCAGCCAUCUUUUGAAGUGAUUCCAGCUCAGCCACUGUUUCUUCAUCCAGCCAUCUCCCCUCCCAUUAACCCUCACCUUCUUGGUGAAAAGAGAAGUGACUCUACUAAUUACCUGCCCAUCCUGAACGCCUACGCAAAGACAGCACCACAUCCCAGCAAAAGAGAUCGUGUCUGGGAUCUGGAGGAAAGAGGGAGAACCAGUGGACAGAAAUGGCUUUGCACAGAUACUGCUAUGUCCAAUAAGACUAGUUUAUUGCCCUCUAGUGCUUGCCCCCAAGUAUCACCUGACUCUAAGCCUGGUCAGGACUCUACUCAGCAGAGUUCUCCAACUUUGAUGGCAGAUGGCUUAAUGUCAACUAUUGAUGGCUUUCAGUAUGUUUCUACUGCCAAACAGAAGGCCCCAGGUUUGAUUCCCUUUUCCCCUACUAGACUCCUCCAGAUAUCAGACUGCAAAUCUCCUGAGAUGGAGAAUCCAGUACAUCAUAUGAUGCAAUUAGCAACCUGCAGCCCACUUUUGGCAGCAGAAGAACUUUAUACUACUCCUGAGCUAUUGUUGCAGCAGCAACGCAAGCGCAAGCGCUUUCAGAAUACCUUUGUUGUGCUGCACAGAUCUGGAUUGCUGGAGAUCACCUUGAAAACCAAGGAGCUGAUUCAUCAGAACCGGGUAACCCAGAUUGAACUGGACCGACUGAAGCAGCAAACACAAUUGUUCAUGCAGGCAAUAAAGAGCAAUGCUCCUCAGGCCUGGGCAGAGCUAGAGGCAUCCCUAACAGGAUCAGAUAAAGCUGACAGCAGCCUUGAGGCUUCUCCUACAUAUCCCAACAUGUAGCGCAAAAGAUAUAUAGCUGGUCAAGUGAUUAGAGUGCCUCUCUUCCUCUGUCUCAAGCUUUUACAAGAGCAUUUUUUAAGUUUGAGACUACUUUUAAAACUCAUUCGCAAAGCAGCAUGCCAUUAAUAAAUUGUCCCAAAUGCCAGUUGUGAGACUGGCACAAUGGGAGGCAUAGGCAGGAAUUAGUACUGCUUCAUGUGACUUGGAAUUGAGUAACUGUGCUCUUCUUUGGGCCAUGAAGGUGUGAAAGUGCUAUGAUGUGAUGUGUUCUCAUUCUUAUGAUGGAGAACAUUGCAAAUGGCUCUUUCCUGGCAAGCACCUUUUUUCACCCCGCUAUCUCCAGACAGGCAAUUCACAGAAUGGGACAAAAGACCUGGUCUAGGGUAGCCGCUUAUGAAUUGAUAGGGAAAGAGGAAACUUGAUGGGUAACAUGGUAUCUCUGGCUUUGUGUUAAUAUUCCAAAGACACAAGGUGGCCUUGCUUUUGGAUAAUCACUAUAUUGAACAAAUGGAGAUCUGCUUGCAUUAAAGCUGCACUCCAUAUGUUGAAUUGCUUGAGCAAAGUGGGGGUGGGGAAGUGAGGGAUGUGAUAGUUCUAGGCAGGCCCUGUCAGUCUGCCUAUUUUAAUUUCUUUAAAGUUGAGAGCUGGGUGAAAAUUUGAAAGCACUAGACCUGCACUGGAAGUGUCUAUUCCAAAGCAGGUUUAUUUGUACUGCCCAUUAAUGGCUAACAACUGUUCUAAGCAAGGUGGCUUUGGAUUUCCCAAGUAUGCAAUGAGUUAAACACUGACAGCUUUUUUUUUUAAGUAAUGAAGUGAUAUUUUUUAAAUGCAUUACAAUGAAGAUUUGUAGAUUCCAAGGCUAGAAGGGACCAUUGUGAUCAACUAGUAUGACUUCCUGUAUAUCAUAGGCUAUAGAACUUCCCCAAAAUACGUUCCUCGCAAGGCAGCUAGCAAGACCAGCUAUGCAUCCUUUCGGCUUUAUCCAGUUUAGGAGAGACUCUUUUCUGGCUGUGAAAUCAGCUUGCUGAGUUUAAAGAAGGAAAAAAAAUGGUUGUACAGGUCCUAGAGUGAAGCAAGCCUUGUUUUUCUUUUUAUGAGAAACAUCUGAUUGUAUCACUAGAAAAGACUCUGGUCACCUUGGGGAUAUCUUCCCAAGAAUAUGACCUUGAACACUUUUUAAUGUUCUCUUCAGUAUGAGUAUUAUCAUUCGCAACUUGAUUGUCUUGAAGCAUGCACUUACGCACUGAUGCUGGUAGAGGCAUUAGACCUUAGUGUCAGCUGUACCCGACAAUCUUGUUUCAAAAGCUGUUCUACAGACACAUUCAUGUUGUUCGAAUUUGACUUGUCACUCUCCUUUUUAUUCCCUUCAACUUGAGCCAUGUCUUUCAAAUACUCCUCUGUAUAAGGAGAUUUUAAAUAUGGUCAUCUAAGAAUGAAGUGAACAGUCUCUCCCAUGCUAAAUUAUAUGAUCAGAGUCUGAUCCCUUUGGUUUGACAGUGUUUUUCAAACAAAACUUGCAUUUCAUGUGAUCAAGUAUUGCCUGGACAUUCUUACAUUCCUGUAUGUAUUUCAGUUUCUCAAAAAGAAACCUAAAAGCGUUCCAGUUAGAAAGUUUGAGUUGGCCUUUUGUCUUUCAAUUCAGUGAUGUGACCCUUUCAUCCUUCUGAUGGUCUCAAAUGAACAUUGCAGGAGGUCCUAAAGAAUUCACCUGCAGCAUUACUGUAACAAAUGCCUUAGGAAACUUUGGAGGUAGGAGAAGAGUCUUCCCUUUUCAGCACCUUACUUAGCUCACUGAAAAGGAGUUGCAUACGUGCCUCAAGGAGGGAUGGAACAUGAAAGUCAGACUUGGACUGACCUCUGGAGAUAGAGAUUUCCCUCAAAACCCAACUGAAUAGUAGCUGAUUGAGCACCAUCCCAGCUGUGGGGUAGAGCACCACCAAAGAAAGCAGGGGGAAGGGGGCAGUGGAUAGGAAUUUGGCCAAAAUCUUAUGUGGGUUUCCUGUGUUGCCUCAUAUCUGAAGUUAGCUUGCUACGGUUAACACAUGGCAUAGUGACACCAAAUUCAAACAAGAGGCUGUAUAUGCCAGGAGGGCAUCACACAUUCUGAGCCAAACACUGAGACACCUGAGCCCACUAGAGAAUCAUAACAAAGUUACUGCAGUGGAGCUUCCAACCCCCUUAUUGAAAGGGAGUAAAGGUUGUUCCAUUGAUCUGAGUGAUACAGGUGUUUGUGUAUGGGAUUGCAGAGAGGGGAAUAGACAUGUGAGCCACCUAGUCCUAUCCUCAAAGGUCCCUUCUCUUUCCUUGGAAGCUCUGCUUCUCCCAUCUGAGGCUGUGGAGAAUCUUAAUAAAUAGGGUCUGAAUUUAGGAAUGACUGUUCUAGAAUGUGAAGUGAUGGAUCUAGAAUUAAUUGUGGACAUUUUAGAGAUGAAGAGGAACGAAGGGGGGGAUGACAGAAAUUCAGUCCCAGAUGAUUGAAGGGAAGAGAGGGAGGCUCCCACUUGCUCCACUCUGGUGGAGCAGAGAGGGCAGAAAAUUACCCUAACAGGAUAUAGUGUACUUCCUGAUGUAGGAAAACCCUGGACAGUCUAAAUCUGCUGUAGCUCACACAACAUCACAGGCUCUCUCACGAGGGGUGGGCUAAAAGUGGUAUACUCAGAGCUGGUGGAUCUUUCUAACUAGUGUAGUUUUGUAUAAAAUACAUGUGAACAUAGUAAAACUGUGAAUAGAAGUUCAGCAACUGCUUAGAAAUCAUACUGCUUGUCAGAAUCCCAACUUCUUAUUCAGUCAGUUCUGAAUUAGAAAAAUCUUCAAAGCUAUUGAAUAAAUCUGGGGUCACCUAGGACCCAUGUCACCAGAUAAAUUAGCAGUUAAGGUCAUUAAAGAAGUAUGCUGGAGGGCACUGAUUAUAGAUAUACAAAAAGCUGUCAAACCCCAGAUUACUCAUACGUCUCUUAGCUGCUUUUAUUGCUGGAAGCUUUACUGAAGCUUUAUAUAGCAAAAGCUUUCCUACCCUAGUUGUAAGUUUAGUAAAAUAAAAGGGCAUGGAAUUAUGGUGAGAGAAUUCAUUGGUUUUUAGUAGACUUGGUCUGAAGCUGAAGCCAGUUCUAGACUGAAUCCAGAAACAGCCUAGCAAGAUUGUCUAAAAACAUCAGCCUCUUCAAUGAAACAAUUCUGUAAGUAUAGGCCCUGCAGG